CUUUGAGUAACCACACUCUCGCUUCCUUCUUUUACACACGGCCGUUGGGGGUUGGCGCGAUCCGAGACCACGGCAGGGGUGCCACAGCCGGGCCUGGCAGCACAGGCUGGGUCCUCGUCGCUGAAGCAGAGGAACCACUUCUCCUGGGCCCACGAGGCGGCUGUCCCAUGGUCUGCUGAGCACGGUGAAUUCUUAACCAUGGACCACCAGAGAGGUCUGAGGAAACUAUUAAUACAUUUCUGUGCACUGGGUCAAGGGAGUUGAAGAGCGCCCCCAGAUGGAUUCAUUGGUGCUGGCGCCAUGUCUCUGCAACUCCUGCUCCUGGUGGUCCUGCUGGGCCCUGACAGCAGCCUCCAGCUGCGGGAGACCAGCAAGAACGAAUCCGUGAAGGCCCCAGACCCCCCAUACCCAGGUGGUGACGGGAGAGACCUGGAAGACUAUGAUCAAGAAUAUGACUAUAUAGCAGAAACGGACCCUCCAGAGAUGUUUGACAGUGGCACCGAGGCCCCCACGUUUCUGCCUAUGGUGGCAGCGCUGGGGCAGAGAGAGCCUGCAGAGCCUACGACACCUGAGUCAUUCAUUCUGGAGGUGUCCACAAGGGACUCUGCUGUCCUGAGUGCCACAGGGGCAACCACCAAGAACCUGAGCACAGAACUGGUCACACUGGUCCCUCUGACCAGAGAACUGGUCACUGAAAUCCCUCCCAAAAUGAAGGAUCUAUCCACAGAGUUGGCUGCAGUCACAGAGGCCCUGUUCAUGGGUCCCAUAGCCACAGAGGCACUGUCCACGGAUCCCGUGGCCACAAAGGCCCUGUACAUGGAACCCAUGGCCACAGAGGCCCUGUCCACGGACCCUGUGGCCACAGAGGCCCUGUCCACGGGUCCCGCGGCCACAGAGGCCCUGUCCACGCACCCUGCGGCCACAGAGGCCAUGUCCAUGGGUCCUGUGGCCACAGAGGCCCUGUCCACGGAUCCCACAGCCACAGAGGCCCUGUCCACGCACCCUGCGGCCACAGAGGCCAUGUCCAUGGGUCCUGUGGCCACAGAGGCCCUGUCCACGGAACCUGCAGUCACAGAGGCCCUGUCCAUGGAAUCCAAAGUCAUAGAGACUCUGUCCACGGAACCGGCCACCACAGCAGACCCUUUCAGGGAGCCCACUACCAUGCUAGCCCUGCCCACAGAUCCAACCACUGUGCAGGCCCUGCCCACGAGACCUGCUACCACAAGGGGCCUAACCACAGCCCUUCCUGUGGCCUCUGAUACUCCCAAGGGCACCACUGUGGCAGCUGGCGACUGGUUUGAGGCCUUCACUGGGAACAGAGGUCAGAGCCUUUUCCCCUGGAGCUCUGUGGCCCCGGCCCCCCCAGAGAGCCUGCCAGAUCCGGGCCCCGUGAGGCAGUGUCUGCUGGCCAUCCUCAUCCUGGCCCUGCUGGCCACCAUCUUCCUCGUGUGCACCGUGGUGCUGGCCAUCCGCCUCUCCCGCAAGAACCACCUGUACCCCGUACGCGGUUACUCCCCCAGCGAGAUGGUCUGCAUCUCGUCUCUGCUGCCCGAGGGGGGCGAGGGGCCCACUCCCACGCCCAACGGGGACCUGCCCAAGGCCAAGGACCAGGGCCGGAAGGCGGGGCCGGGGGGCGACCGCGAAGGGGAUGACCUCACCCUGCGCAGCUUCCUCCCUUAGCUCCUGGCUGCUGAGCCACGGCCCACGCCCCAUGCCGAGGCUCUAAGCUGCAGGUGGGGCUUCCUUGGAUACCCCUGGAGAUGGGAAUCUUCUGGGCGGGGAGCCCGGCCGCCAUCCACAGGACUGAGAGCAGCCGGGGUCCAGGCACCGAAGCAGGCCUGGCAAGCAGAACCUCCAGGAGAGGCUGCAGACGGCCCCUCCAGCUCCCUGCCCAGCCCCCGUGUGUCCCGGGCUCCCUCUAACGCCUCCCUUCCCCAGGAGGACUCAGAGUCAGUUCCCUGCCGCCAUGCCCGCUAACGUUCCCUUCUGGUUGCUAUGGUCACUGCACAGGAAGGGGGCACUCUGAACUGGAUUCCUUAGUUCAUUUCCUGUCAUUCCCCGCCCCGCUUAUUUGGGGGUAUCUCUCAGGAAACCCACAGUGAGUUGUGGGGGCUGGGCAUGUUCCUUAGGGGACUCUGUGGACCGCCAAGCUAUCGUUUAGUGACAGACUAACCCCAUCCUGCCCUCCCUCGCCUCCCCCCGGGGCCUUGAUUGAGGUGCUCACAGAGGUCUCCCAGGGCCCAGCUCAGGGUCCAGGAUGGCGCAGAUGCUCAGUAAAUGUUUGGUGAACAA